AUGGGGCUUUCCACCUUCAGUUCAGUUCUCAUCGUUGCAGUUGUUUGUGUCUUUUGCUUUGGUCAGGCCACCUAUGCCAUUGGUGGGAAUGAGACAGACCGACUAGCCCUGCUUGAGUUCAAGGCCAAAAUCUCUGACCCUUUCAUGUUUUUGAGCUCGUGGAAUGACACCACCCACUUCUGCCAGUGGCAUGGUGUUACAUGUGGUCGCCGGCACCAAAGGAUCAGGGAGUUGCGCCUGCCAUCUCAGAAACUUGCGGGAACCAUAUCGCCUUUCAUUGGAAAUCUGAGCUUUCUAAGGUAUCUAUUUCUCCAAAAAAAUAGCUUCAGUCACGAAAUCCCACCAGAAAUAGGCCGAUUGCAUAGAUUGGAGGAACUAUAUUUGUCCGACAAUUCACUGGGUGGCAGAAUCCCUUCAAAUGUAUCGGAGUGCUCUAACCUCAAGCUUUUCAGCCUUGGUUAUAACAAUCUGGUCGGGCAAAUACCCGUUGAGCUUGGCUCCUUGUCAAAGCUCAAAAUAUUUUCUGUAGACAAAAACAAACUAACAGGAAAUAUCCCUCCAUCUCUUGGGAACUUAUCGUCACUUGAGGUACUUUCAGCACCCUACAAUAAUCUGAGCGGGCGUAUCCCUGAUACUCUCGCCCAAAUUAUGAAUCUUACAUUUAUUGCACUUGGUUCAAAUCACUUAUCUGGUACCAUCCCUCCAUCAAUCUUCAAUCUCUCUUUUAUUAAAAAUUUUGAUGUGGGAGUUAAUCAAAUUCAAGGGAGUCUUCCGUUGGACUUGGGCAUAACUCUUCGUAAUCUCCAAAACCUUGCCGUUUCCAUGAACCUAUUUACUGGCUCCAUUCCUCCUUCAAUAUCCAAUGCCUCAUAUCUGCAAAACCUUACAAUUGCAGGAAACAGUUUUACUGGAAAUGUGCCUUCUUUGGAAAACCUGCAUAGGCUUCAAUUGUUGAGCGCUACCGAGAACCACCUAGGAAGUGGGGAAGCUGAUGACUUGAGUUUUCUGUUCUCUUUAACCAAUGCCACCAGCUUAGAAUUGUUGGCCAUUGACGGCAACAGUUUCGGUGGGGUCUUACCUGAAUGCAUCAGUAACUUCUCAUCUACUCUUAAAUAUUUUGCGAUAAGUAACAAUUAUAAUAUAUCUGGAACGAUUCCAAGUGGGAUCGCGAAUCUCGUCAACUUAGAGAGAAUCUACUUGUGGAAUAACCAGUUGUCGGGAAACAUUCCCACCGAUAUUGGAAAGCUUCAAAGGUUACAAGAAAUUAUUCUUUUUGGAAACAAUCUCUCAGGCAACAUCCCGCAUUCUCUUGGAAAUCUAACUCUGUUAAACAAACUAGAUUUCAAGGACAAUAAUCUUCAGGGAAACAUUCCUUCAAGUCUAGGAAACUGUAACUUUUUGGUCUUGUUGGAUCUUUCUAAUAAUAAUCUUAGUGGUACCAUACCCCCACAGGUCAUCGGUCUUCAAUCCUUAGCAAUCUCUCUUGAUUUGUCCCAAAACCGUCUCAUGGGUCUUCUUCCCAUGGAAGUCGGAAAUCUGAAAAAUCUGGGUGCAUUGUAUAUUUCUGAAAACAUGUUAUCCGGCGAAAUUCCAAGCACUCUUGGUAGUUGUAUUAAGCUGGAGCUUCUAGACAUGCAUGGCAACUUCUUCCAGGGGGCCAUUCCAUCGAGUUUAGGUUCUUUGAGAGGAAUUCAAGAAUUAGAUCUUUCUAGGAAUAAUUUGUCAGGAAAAAUUCCAGACUUUUUUGUGGGUUUCAACUUGUUGGAUCUUCUGAAUCUAUCUUACAACAAUUUUGAGGGUAUUGUGCCUUCAGACGGCAUUUUCAAGAACUCAAGUGCAACUUCAGUUGUGGGAAACAGUCAAUUGUGUGGGGGAAUACCUGAGAUGCAGUUGUCUAAAUGCAACUUCAGAGAGUCUAGGAAGAAAAAAUUGAACUUAAGCAUGAAAUUAAUUAUCUCCAUAGUUUGCGGGCUUCUAGGAGUAAUUUUUGUGCUGUCUUUUUUAUUUGUCUUUUGGUUAAGAAGGAAAAGAAAAGAACCCACUUCAAGUUCUUCAAGAAAUUUGUCGUACCAAAGUCUCCUAAAAGUCACCGAUGGGUUCUCCUCCACAAAUUUGGUUGGUGUAGGUAGUUUUGGAUCCGUGUAUAAAGGAAUGAUUGACAAGGGUCAAAUGACAAAUGCUGAGGGUCCAAUGACAAUUGCUGUCAAGGUGCUCAACCUUUUGCGCCGUGGAGCUUCCAAGAGCUUUCUAGCUGAGUGUGAGGCCCUGAGAAACAUCAGGCAUCGGAAUCUUGUAAAGAUACUCACAGUUUGUUCAGGUGUUGAUUAUCAAGGUAAUGAUUUCAAGGCUCUAGUUUAUGAAUUCAUGGUCAAUGGUAGCCUUGCGGAUUGGUUGCAUCCAACUGGUACAGAGGAUGAGACGCACCUGGAGCAGAGGCAUCUGAAUCUUUAUCAGAGAUUGAAUAUCGCCAUUGAUGUUGCGAGUGCAUUGGAAUAUCUCCACUAUCAUUGUCAAACACCAAUCCUGCAUUGCGACCUCAAGCCAAGCAAUGUUCUUCUAGACGAUGAAAUGAUUGGACAUGUUGGAGACUUUGGGUUAGCGAGAUUUGCUCCCGAAGCUGACCAUAACUCUUCAGCCAAUCAGUCGAGUUCUAUUGGCGUAAGAGGAACUAUUGGUUAUACUCCUCCAGAGUAUGGUAUGGGAAAUGAGGUGUCCUCCUAUGGAGAUAUAUAUAGCUAUGGGAUCUUUCUAUUAGAAAUGUUCACUGGAAAAAGACCCACAGAUGACAUGUUCCAGCAGGGCACUCUAAAUCUACAUUCCUUUGUUCAACAAGCUUUGCCUGAACGAGUUGUCGAGAUUGCGGAUCCAAAUCUUUUUCGGGAAAGAGAAGAAGAGACAGCCAUGAACAGAACUCAUAAUAACAACAGCAACACUAGAAGAAGCAAAAUCCAAGAGUGUUUGAUUUUGAUGUUUGGGAUUGGAGUUGCUUGUUCUGUUGAACAGCCCAGAGAGCGGAUGAACAUGAAAGAUGUUGUAACUGAGCUUCAUUUGGUCAAAAAGAGACUCCUUAAAACUAGAGCGCGUAGAGGUGGCCAAACUACAAGUAGACCAUAAUAUCAACAGGUAAUAUUAUUGGUAGCUUAGUAGCUUGGUGAAGCAGAUUGAUGAGGCGUCCAACAUAUAAUACCAUUUGAUUACGAUU